UUCAAGUUCGAUCGCUGCUUCGGGCAGAACUCAACUCAGACCGACGUGUUCGAAGAGGUCAAGAAUUUCGUUCAAAGUGCGCUGGAUGGCUACAACGUGAGCUUGCUAGCCUAUGGACAGACCGGAGCAGGAAAGACGCACACGAUGAUCGGCGGAGGAGGAGACCACCAGGGCAUCAUCCCGAGAUCCAUCGAGCAGGUUGAGAAGAGGAGGACCAGGAGGUGGGAGUACACGCUGCAUGCUUCCUGCCUGGAGAUCUACAACGAGAGCAUUCGCGAUCUGCUCUGCGACCCCAAGGACUUGGAGGGAAAGAGCUACACAAUCAGACAGGGAGAAAAUGGGCUCAUGUCUGUGACUGAUCUCAUGUCCGUUCUUGUCUGCACCAGGGAGGACAUUCACAAGCUGAUGACAACCUCGGAGAAACAUCGCACUGUGAAGGGAACUGACAUGAACGAGCGAUCCUCUCGCAGUCACACCGUCUUCCAGGUCUCAAUUCCUUCCCACAUCCCUUUCUCUCGUGUCCUGCAUGGCAGUCUCAACCUGGUCGACCUUGCGGGCAGCGAGCGGUUAGCAAAGUCGAAUGCAACUGCAGGAGACAGACUGAAAGAGACCCAAUCCAUCAACAAGUCGCUGAGCGCUCUCGGAGACGUGUUCACCUCCAUCUCCCAGAAGAAGAGUCAUGUCCCCUUCCGCAACUCCAAGCUCACCUUCCUACUUCAGCCUUGCUUCAGCGGGGACGGAAAGGCCCUCGUCAUCUUCGCUCUCUCCCCGUCUGAAACUUCGACUCACGAGAGCUUGUGUACACUGCGCUUCUCGUCGCUCAUCAGUCAGUGUGAGCUCGGC